UCCGAAUACUGUAACGUGCUGCGGCCUCGUGCCAUGUAAAAAUAAGAGCACAUUCGGCGCCUCAUUGUAGUGUCCUUCUCCAAGCAUGCCUGACCAGUAUCGUACUGAAGAGAGAACUCUCAGCGGACGAGACACGUCUAACCCCAAUUGCUUGCUCGCACUCGCCAAAUACCAUCUGACGAGACGGCGCGACGGCGACGACACCGCACCCAAGACCCUUUCAAAGAGGUCAUGCAGUAAAUCCAAUGGGAUGGACGACCGGGGUGGAAAGAGCUCUGUACACCGCGCUCUUUUCGUUCCCGAAAUCGUCCGUUUGAUCUUUGGUUUCGUCCAAGCAUGGGACGAAGAGAAUCCGGCGGGAGAGUGUAUUGGGUUCGUCACCGCAACGGGGGGCAAAAGAUCACUCGCCUACCUCGCCAGGACGUGUCGUUUCUUUCAUGAACCAGCCAUCGAUGCCCUUUGGAUGAACCUCGAAAGCAUCGAUCCCCUUAUCAAGUUGCUCCCUCGUAGAAUGUGGGGAAAGAAACGCUGUCCGCUCUUGGUGCGCCGGUUCAUGCGCAAGAAACACUGGGAAAUAUUCCAAAAGUACGCGUCACGCGUCAAAACCCUGCGAGGUCCCAGCUAUGGCUUAUCAACUGCCACUCAGCAUACAGUAAUGGCCGCCAUCGCCAGCCACCCGAAAGCGACUCGACCCUUGUUCCCUCAGCUGACAGAGAUCUACUUCAUGGGUCCAUCAGUCACCCAAAUUACCCUUAAACUUAAUUGUUGGCCUUACCACAUCUCCUCUGAGAUGGACGUCCUCGCCGAGAUGUCAAAGUUGUGUCCGAACGUUGUCUCGUUCGCUGCACAAUUUCCCCCCUCUUCACAUAGUGAUCCGUUCGAGGAAGUGGGAGACAUCGUAAGCAAUUGGAAGAAGCUCCGUGCUCUUCACAGUUGUGCGCUUCCUCAAUCAGUAAUGGACCAGCUCAUUUCUCGAAAUACACUUGAGUCACUUGCUAUCGAGCUCAACAAUUCCAUUUACCCACCUUACUCCGGUCGUUUACCCGAAUCACUCCAUACAUUUUCGCUCGGAGGAAGCAGUGCCAUACUAUGCACCCGAUACCUCAAAAACGUCCAUGCAUCUCCCACUUCACUUACCAUGCGUAUUGGCGCAGACGACUCCACUAUUGAAGAUGUCGCCGAGCUUUUCCGCAUCCUUCCUGACCACUUCUCUAAUACCACUGUACAAACUUUUUCAUCUGAACUGACGAGCUCAUACUGGAUGUCCCGGAGCACGGAAUCUUUCCGACUUGAUCUCGCUGUCCUUCAACCUAUUCUUGUGUUCACAUCCCUACGUAUCGUCGACCUCUCUUUCUUCAGCACCGCCGGUCUCGACGAUGACGCAUGUACGACGAUGGCCCGAUCCUGGCCUGUCCUCGAGUCCCUCGAACUCGGUACCGCUGAUAUACUGAUGGAGCGCCCCGUGGCAACCGUACGCGGACUCAUGGCGUUCUUGGUACACUGUCCCUGCCUUACCAACCUUGCCAUGGUGUUCGACGGCACGUGCCGUAUCCCUGAUGCGAGCGAUAUCCCUUCGGGGGUCGUCAACACCCGCAUAGAGCAGAUCAACGUCGCGCAUUCGCCGCUUAAGGAUGUCAAUGCGAUGGCAACAUGUUUGGGAACGCUGAUGCCGUGUCUAAAGAAGGUCGACAUCGUGCAGAUAGGGAGGGAAGAUGAUGGGGAAUCUGAGGGACGAUGGGAUGAAGUGCAGAAGAUGCUGACCUGUUCGUUGAGGUCACAGGGGAUUAAUACCGACUGA